AUGGAAGAGAAAAAAAAAUUAAAGGAGGGAGUUCCUUAUCAAGCAAGUACUAGUAAAUUUAAAGAACUAAGCUCGGACAUAAAUGACGAACGAGAGUUUGUAACACAGUUUGAUGCUUAUCCUGAUAUGGAAGACAGUGAAGAGGAUGAUCUUGUAUGUGGUAGCUAUAUCCGCCACGAAGAUUUUUUGCCAUAUAGACAAAGGUCAAACACCACACUCUGGCUUGAUAAAAAAGAACAGGCAUUAAAAAAAGCUGCUAAAAUUAAAGUUAUAAAAUGGGAAGAUGCCCCUACACAAUUAACAGCUGAACAGAUGGCAGAUACUUUUGCAAAAAUUGAUGUCAAGAAAUUAGAAAAAAAGAAGUCCCUAUUGGCCGAGCAAUUGGAGCAAUGUCCAGAUCUCCCCCACCGUCAAUAUCUAGAGUAUGCAAAGUUUGAUGGGACUGCACAACUAGGGCUACCAAUAAAAUCAUUUAAGAUCUUCAUGACAAUGCUACCUGAAAAGCAUCAAAACUACCCAUUAGUUGUGUGUGUUAUUGCCAGCGCCAAAAUCAAAGAUUUGAUAGGGUUCACCUGCUACAAAUACAGCAUUGAACACCCGGAAAUAUCACUUGGAUCUGUGCACGACUAUGGACUUUGCAUAGCAGAGGAUGAUGGGGAAGUUGAUCUGGCAUUCCCCUGCCUGGAUGCUAAUGAGCCUUGCUCCAAAUUUGGCUUUACUUGCCUUGGUCUAAUAGAUCUUAAAAGCAAGAUUAUAUUUGAUAGGAUAACAAGUUCAAUUCCAGAUUGCUCAGUAUUAAGUGGGGCUUUUCAUGUGUUUCCAAAGGCUUCCGACUCUGGCCAAAGUCAUCAUAAUACAUCCAGGCAUAAUACUGGAGGCAGUUCCACCUCAGAGGCAGUUAGAAGUGCAAUUAAAGCAGUUAAUGAAGAAAAAAGAGCUGGUGGACUAAAUUUGGACAAGAUUCAAUCACACAUUAUUGCAACUGAAGCUCCGCAAUGUAAAGCGUACAAAGUACAUCUUUUAAGAAAAGUUCGAACAAAUACCUUAGUUCAAUUGGUUAUAUCUUUAGACAGAAUAGAAAUAGAACCCCUUGUUACUCAUAAACAUGCCUUCUGGGCCAGAUCAAAAUAUUUUCUGCAUAGUAUAGACUCUGUUGCAUGGUGUCAAAUAUUAGAAUCCAAAGCAAAUAAGACCACAUUUAGAAUAGUCUACUCACCUAGUCAUAAUGUUGCCUUCAAUGAUCGCAAUACAGGUAAUUCAAAUUUUUUCCAUCCAAGCACACCAUACAAAUGUCAUGAUUUUGAAAGUGACCAUGACACAGCUAAGGAAAUAGUUGAAAAAAUAAACACAAUUUUAGAUCUUAGAAAUAGCCCAUGUCGUCGAGAGUACAAGACUGUAAAAGAAAAAAAGUUACAAACAAGACGAAGCUUCCACACAAAACAAGCAAGU